AUGGGUGGCGAUCUCAACUUGAAGAAAAGCUGGAAUCCCGUUCUGCAAAAGAACCAGGAACGAACAUGGCUGGCCGAAAAGAAAGCGCUCGAAGAGCGCAAACGCAUCGACCAGAUGAUGCGCGAGCGUCAGGAAGAGCGACAAAUGCUCGAGAUUCAACAACUCCAAGAGGCCGCUGGCGGUAAAAAGCGUUUAAAUCGGGUCGACUGGAUGUAUUCGGGUCCUUCCAGCGGACAACUCGGAACGACUGAGGAGAUGGAAGGAUAUCUAUUGGGAAAGCGCAGGAUUGAUGGGUUGAUCAAAGGAUCAGAGAAUCAGAAACUGGAAAAGGCUGCGGCGGAGGAUUCUUUUAUGGCUUUGCAGCAUGCGAAUACGGCGAGGGAUACGGCUGCAAAGAUCAGGGAGGACCCUAUGCUGGCGAUUAAGAAACAGGAGCAGGCUGCAUACGAAGCAAUGAUGAAUGACCCCGUGCGGAGGAGACAGUUGAUGCAGGCUGCGGAGAAAGAGACUGGAUCUGCAGAGAAGGAACGCAGACAUCAUCGUCACAGACACCGACAUCGAGAUGACGAAGAUAAACGAUCGCGACAUCGUUCAAGGCGACAUGAUUAUGACGACGACCGAACACAUAGGCGACGACGUGAAGAUAGCGUAUCAGGCUCUCGGUCUCGGUCGCCAGUGAGACAGUCGCGCUCCCGACGUUCUCCCUCUCCAUCCAGACACGCAUCUCGACGCUCUCGGUCGCCUCGUCACGAGCACCGUGUACACCGCGAAAGAUCAUAUUCCCCACCGCCGCGAAGACGCGAUCGCUCUCCCCGGCAGGAUCGGGACAGAGACCAUGAGCGAAACGACAGACGACGGACAUGGCACCACAACUCACGGCCGGCGCCUACACAGCGCGAAACACAAGCAUCUUCUAAAUCUGCAGAAGAGGAGCGAGCAGCCAAACUGGCAGCUAUGCAACAAAACGCAAAUGACUUGGAUCAAGUGCGAGCUGGUCGUCUAGCAGCUGCAGAUGCGCGAGAGAAAGCCGAGCGUGAAGCAGACGAAGCAGCUCGCGCUCGGUCGAGCAAAGAAGGUGGUAAAGGAGCUUUCUUGUCGAAUAUUAACAAACGUGCUGGUGAACUGGAUCUGUCUGAACGGCUUCAGCGGGGGCGACGAAAUGUCGAAAAGGAGCAAGAGGCGUACUAA